GAGCAAGAGUCAUUUUUAUAGAAAAGCUCGACCGACAGAGACCAUCCUAUCCAACAAGAACCUUAAUGAAUUCUAGAAUAUCUUUUUGGUGAAUCCCAGUGUUUCUUUUACAGUUUCUGAUUCCAAAUGAGAAUAUACAUUUUUCUGUGUGUGAUGUGUUGGGUAAGAUCAGGGCACUUACAUUUUCCAUCGAAAGUCAAUAAAAAUCUUGAGAAUAAUAAAACAUGUCUUGAGUUCUCAAAAUUAAAUGCAAUGAAUUCCUUAAAAGAUUUGUUUUCCCCCAAACUAAAGGUAAUUCUGAUGAUGUAUACAAGGGACAAUCUAAACUGUGCAGAACCACUCUUUGAAUCUAAUAACUCCCUUAAUGUACGUUUCAACAUAUCAAAGAAAACUGUAUGGGUUAUCCAUGGAUACAGACCAUUGGGCUCCACCCCAACAUGGCUUUCUAAGUUUACUAAGGAGUUUUUGAAACAGGAAGAUGUGAAUCUCAUUGUCGUAGACUGGAACCAGGGUGCCACAACUUUCAUUUACAGUAGAGCUGUUAAAAACACCAGAAUAGUUGCUGAGAGUUUGAGACAAUCCAUGCAAAAUCUUCUGAAGCAUGGAGCAUCUCUUGACAAUUUUCAUCUCAUAGGCAUGAGCUUAGGAGCUCAUAUUAGUGGUUUCGUAGGAAAACUACUUCAUGGAAAACUUGGAAGAAUUACAGGUCUUGAUCCUGCUGGACCAAAAUUUGCUGGGAAACCAUCAAAUAGCAGAUUAGAUUACACUGACGCAAAGUUUGUGGAUGUCAUCCAUACUGAUUCUAAAGGUUUAGGCAUUCUAGAGCCAUUGGGACAUGUAGAUUUUUACCCAAAUGGAGGAAAACAACAGCCAGGUUGUCCUACAAACCUUUUUUCAGGAGUUAAUUACAUAAAGUGUGACCAUCAGAGAGCAGUUCAUUUGUUCCUUGGAGCUUUUGAAGCAAAGUGCAAUUUUGUUUCAUUUCCUUGUCCCUCCUACAAAGAUUAUCAGAAUGGUUUAUGCAUGGACUGUGGGAAACUUUACAAAGGCUCCUGUCCUAGGCUUGGUAAUCAAGCCAAGCUGUGGAAAGAAGGCUUGAAUAAAAGAAAAGAAGGAUUGCCCCUCAGGACCAUUGCAUUUUUGGAUACUAGCAAAGUAUAUCCAUAUUGUACAUAUUAUUUUGAUAUCACUAUAGUUGCUUUGAACAAAACUAUGAAUGCUGGAUCAAUUUCAUUCAGCUUAUUAAACAGUCUUAAGGAACUUGAAUUCCCCAAGCUCUAUGUGAAAAGCCAACCUUCUGAAAAUCUUCAAGAAGUCAAGAUUCUUGCUCAGUUCAUAAAGGAUGUUGAGGACAUUAGAUGCAUUUAUAUGACAUAUUUGCAGCCUUCUCAUUGUUCCACAUCCCCAUAUAUAUUUCAGAGUCUCGUAUUAAAGUCACUUACAUACCCAGAAAGACCACCACUGUGCAAGUAUAAUUUUGUACUUAAGGAAGGAACAAUGACAGCACUUCAACUAGAUGCCUGUAAGACACAGAUGGUGUGA